GCGCCGCCUCGCUGGGCGAGCGAGCGAGGGUUCCAAGCCCCGAAGGUUACAUAAUGGAAUAUGACCAUUACCUCAAGAAACUUUAUGUUUUGGAAUAACUGACUGCAUUUGUUCUCUGCUGACUCCUCUUUUGAACUCAUUGUUUUUGGUGUCCUUUUGAAGCAAAAAGCCAAAGAGAUUAUACCAUGGACUAUAAGGAAAGCUGCCCAAGUGUAAGCAUCCCCAGCUCUGAUGAGCACAGAGAGAAAAAGAAGAGAUUUAUGGUUUAUAAGGUUCUGGUCUCUGUGGGCAGAAGUGAAUGGUUUGUCUUCAGGAGAUAUGCAGAGUUUGACAAGCUUUACAAUACUUUGAAGAAACAGUUUCCUGCUAUGGCCCCUAAGAUUCCAGCAAAGAGGAUAUUUGGUGAUAAUUUUGAUCGUCCAGAUGUCAGAGCAUUUCUUCAAAUGGAUAGCCCAAAACAUCAGUCAGAUCCAUCUGAAGAUGAGGAUGAAAGAAGUACUCAGAAGCUACAUUCUACCUCACAGAACAUCAACCUGGGACCAUCUGGAAAUCCUCAUGCUAAACCAACAGACUUUGAUUUCUUAAAAGUUAUUGGAAAAGGCAGCUUUGGCAAGGUUCUUCUUGCAAAACGGAAACUGGAUGGGAAAUAUUAUGCAGUUAAAGUGUUACAGAAAAAGAUAGUUCUCAACAGAAAAGAGCAAAAACAUAUUAUGGCUGAACGUAAUGUGCUCUUGAAAAAUGUGAAACACCCAUUUUUGGUUGGAUUACAUUAUUCUUUCCAAACAACUGAAAAGCUUUAUUUUGUUCUGGAUUUUGUAAAUGGAGGGGAGCUGUUUUUUCACUUACAAAGAGGACGGUCCUUUCCUGAACAUAGAGCUAGAUUUUAUGCUGCUGAAAUUGCCAGUGCUCUGGGUUACUUGCACUCCAUCAAAAUAGUGUACAGAGACUUGAAACCAGAAAAUAUACUUUUGGAUUCUGUAGGACAUGUUGUCUUAACAGACUUUGGACUUUGUAAAGAAGGAAUUGCUAUAUCUGAUACUACAACAACAUUUUGUGGGACCCCAGAGCCUCCUUUUUAUUGCCGAGACGUUGCUGAAAUGUAUGACAAUAUUCUCCACAAGCCCUUAAGUCUGAGGCCAGGCGUGAGCCUCACAGCAUGGUCGAUUCUGGAAGAACUCCUGGAAAAAAACAGGCAAAAUCGACUUGGUGCCAAAGAAGACUUUCUUGAAAUACAGAAUCAUCCUUUUUUUGAAUCACUCAGCUGGACUGACCUUGUACAGAAGAAAAUUCCACCACCAUUUAAUCCUAAUGUGACAGGCCCAGAUGAUAUCAGGAACUUUGAUACAGUGUUUACAGAAGAAACCGUUCCAUAUUCGGUGUGUGUGUCUUCUGACUAUUCUAUAGUGAACGCCAGUGUACUGGAGGCAGAUGAUGCUUUUUUCCUUGGUUUCUCUUAUGCUCCUCCUUCAGAAGACUUGUUCCUGUAGCAUUUAGACUUCCAGAAAGCAUUGAGCACAUAUGAGUGGGACUGAAACUCCUGUUUGUGUGAAUUCAAAA